AAGAUUAUUUAUUUAGUUUAUUAAAAUUUCGUUUCCCUUUUCUACCAUCUCGACAGGAAGCAGACUCUAAUUCCAGCCAUGCUGAGACUGCAAGCGAACAGAAAGAAGAUGAAAGCUCCCCAGAGGAGAAUGGGCCACUUCCCGCUCUUAUUACUCCUUCUGGUAGGAUUGGUCAAUAAUUCCUUUGGAGGGGGUCCUGCUUCUUCUACUUCCUACGUCGUGGGCGAGGCAGAAAAGCAAGGAACGAGCGUCAUCGAAUCCGUCAGUGUUUCGUCCACAAUCAUCUGUGCUGCGAAGUGCAGUUUGAGUCCUGGUUGCCUGGGGUUCAACUGGAUCUCCUUGCAAAGCUCUUCAAACAACUGUGAAACUCUCUCCAGCCUCAGGGAAGUUGACUCCCAAAAGGGCAGUAAUCUUUGUCACUGGCCUUUCUAUCCCUCUCCUCCCCUUCCUCUUUCAGCGCUGAACACGGACAUGAAAGCUGUUAAACUACGCCAUGAAAGUUCCAACACCUACAAACUUGAGCCUCCCGACGCCACGACCCCAUACUGGACUCACAGCUGCUACCGGAACGGCGUUGUCGUUGGGGUGGCUUCCCUCACCGAUCUGACAGACCUCGAUUUCCUGCUGUGCAUGAAUUUUCGCGGGAUGGUAAUUGGUUACGACAGUCUAGAAGGCUUCACCGUUGUAGAUGGCAGUCGAAACUGCACGUACUUCUCUCAGAAUCACCUGGUGGAAGCUGUCUGGUCCAAAGACGAGAAGUACAGCGAUCCUUCUGAAUUCAGAUACGUUUGCAGGAAGAUUCUAACUCCUGGGAUGGACGUUGAUCACGAUAGAUGCACCGAUGCCCAAAAGAGUGUAGGACUUGUUCCAAAGGAGAGUGGACAAUACCAAAUACUGAGGUGCCCUCCACACAUGGCUGCAGUUAGUAUUCAGAGAUUAUACAAUGGAAGUGCAAGAGUGUUAUGUUGUCUAAUUUACUAAUUCUGUCACAUGCACGCACAUACACAAACACACAUAUAUAUACUUAUACCUUGGUCUCACCCACUUUCACACCAAACAGUGACUUUC